UUAGGGUCGAAGCGUUCAUGUGGGUUUGUGCACCAAAGAUACUGAUCAGCUGUAGAUCAGACCCCAGAAACGAACUGAUUAUGCUGAAAUAGCAAUCCCCGAAACCGUAAAUAGCAAUGGCAUUCAAAGGUCUGACAGAAAAGUUUUCAGAAAAAGCGCUGAAAACUCAACUUCCUUCAACCUGCAUGUGCAGGAAACGGUGCAACAACUGCAAGGUUUUCCUCGGAUUCUUCGUGCUGUCCUUGUCUCUGCAUUUCAUUACGCUAUUUUGCUACUUGGAUCUCAGAUCUGAAAUCAAACGUGAAAUCUCACAGAAAAACAGAGAUGAAACGCUUUCGACGGAUGCAUCCGGUCUGAAUGAACUGUAUCCCCACGCACUAAAGCCAGUGGACACCAGUUACCCUGCAGUGGACCUAGAGGACAGCAUCUUCCCAAUAAGGCCCGAAGAUAACGCCUUCCCCACUGAGGAAGACUGGAAGGUCAUUCACCGGCCAAAGAGGAGUCCAAGCAAACGAACAGAAUCAGAGUCCAAUGGAAAAAGGAAAGAGAAGAAAAAAGUUAAAAAGGGUCCACCGGGUGCACCUGGUCCCCCAGGUCCUCCUGGGCCCCCAGGGCCACAGGGCCCCCCAGGAAUUCCCGGUAUUCCUGGCAUUCCGGGCAGCAAUGCCAUGGGCCCCGCGGGCCCGCCCGGUCCCCCGGGGCCUCCAGGGCCACAGGGGCCCCCCGGACCCCAGGGUCCAGCAGGAGGUCUUGAUAAAGCCAGACUGAGAGAAAUUCAGCCUGCUGUAGCUCAUUUGCAGGGCCAGGAAACAACCAUUCAAGUCAAGGAAGAUCUUUCAGAAGGUGUUCUGAGGAACUGGAAGAUGAUCUCUGUGCACCACAAGGUGUUCAAGAUGCACUCGCGCUCGGGGGAGCUGGAAGUGCUGGUGGACGGAACCUACUUCAUCUAUAGUCAGGUAGAAGUUUACUACCUCAACUUCACUGACAUCGCCAGCUACGAGGUGAUGGUGGACAAGACGCCCUUCCUGCGCUGCACGCGCAGCAUCGAGACGGGCCAGCGCAAGUUCAACACCUGCUACACGGCGGGCGUGUGCUCGCUGCGCGCACGCCAGAGGAUAUCCAUCCGCAUGGUGUACGAGGACACGUCCAUCAGCAUGACCAACCACACCACCUUCCUGGGCAGCAUCCGCCUGGGGGACUUCCCACCUUCCGGCCACUCCUGAAUCCCACCGCUCGUUCCUGCCUGCACCGUCGCCCCCCACCCUCUCUUCCAUCCCGGGUCCCACCCACAUC